UCCAGCCGCUCGCGCGUUUCCUCACGGACACUCUGAUCGAGACGCGACCCACAGGGAUGAUGCUGGGCACCGGCGAAUUUCGGGACGCUUCCCGCGGUGAAGGCGCGAGACUACGCGGCGAGACCGAACGGAAGCGCCUGUCUCUCCGGAUCACCCAGGACGAAGGACGCAAGUAUCAUCGCUACUGCAACCACAGCGGAGGAGGACAGAAGAUAGAGAGAAACCGCCAUCAGUGGGCUGAGAUAGAAGAUACUGACAUGCUUCGACAGGAACAGCAGUUGCUAUUGGAAAAGAAGGCCAUAGUGAUUCAGAGGGCUUGGCGUACUUUGUUGGAGCGCAAACCAGCCUGGCAGGAGGAGCCAAAAGACCUCAUGAAUCAUUUUGAGAUGGUGUCACAGAAAGACGCCCUUCCCACUAACCUUCCCACUGGAGAGCUGGGUCAAAACCUCGCACUGGACAAGCCGAAGACGCUGCCGAGCAUCACGGAUGGAGGAUACCCGGCGCAGAGUGCUCCGCCGGCCUGGCAAGACUUUCUGCAAGGACAGGAUACUCUGGAGAAACGAAGCCCAUCCCCUCUCUCACUGUCUUCCUCGGACAAGAUGAGCACUUCAGUGAGCAUGACCACUCUAUCAGACGGCUGCACGCCUGAUGAUGGACGCAAAUAUCAUCGCUUCUAUGAACACACAGCUGAUGGACUGGCAGGAUUCAAGAUGGAGAGAAACCACCAGCACCUGACUGAGGGGGACGAUAAUGCUGCACAUCUGCAGGAGCAACAGCUGCUGAUGGAGAAGGCCAUAUUAAUUCAGAGGGCCUGGCGAACUUUGCUGGAGCGUAAACCAGGCUGGCAGGAGGAGCCGAGGAGCCACAUUAAUCAUUUUGAGAUGGUGUCACAGGAAGACGCCCUUCCCGCCACCCUUCCCUCUGGAGAGCUGGGUCAAAACCUCACACUGGAUGAGCUAAAGACCCUGCAGAACAUCAGUCAUGGUGGAUACCCACUGCAAAACAUCCAGCAGGCCUGGGGGGACUUCCUGCAGAGGCAGGAGAUCCUGGAUAAGAGGAGCCCGUCCCCUCCUUCACUUUCCUCCACAGACAAGAUGAGCACGUCAAUCAGCAUGACCACCCUGUCAGACGGCAGCACCCCUGAUUACCGGGAGGACGGUAUGGACUUGGCGAGCGACGCUUCAAGCCGCUCGGGCUCCGAGUCCAACUCGAACUCCAACAAGGUGACCCCGUGCUCAGAAUGCAAGUCUUCACCGAGCCUGGAGCUGGCCGGACUGGAUGAUUAUGACGAGGAAGACGAGGAGUUCCAGCGGUACAAGAGGCGCGUUAUCGAGGACUGGGAGAGCGAGUACGAUGCUGACACUGACAAUGGCCAGGACAAAACCUUGCGGAAGGCGGUAAAUGCCCGCAGCUUGGCCGAGGAGCUCCAAGAAGUCAAGAGCUUGCCGACCACUGCGUCUGAGGAACUCAAGCAGAAUGGCAACUUGACGGUGCCGGGGAAACCCCAGGCCAAAGCUGUUUCCAAGAGCCCUGGCAUAGGCGGAGAUGGCAGUGGCGGUAGUGGUGGUGGUGGUUGUGGUGGAGUGGGACUGGGAGUUGGAAGUAUGAGGCUUGAGGGGUGUUAUCACCUCGGGGGUUACAAAGAGGACAGUGUGGUGGAGGAGAGCCAGCUUCCUACCAUGGACUGGGCAGCGCUCGAGAGGCACCUGGCUGGAUUGCAGUUCAGGGAGCAGCAAAAGAACCACAACAGGAACCUGGAAAGGACCAACUCCAUGAACGCCCAAAAAAAUGAGCGUGAGUCCAUCAGACAGAAGCUGGCACUGGGGAGUUUCUUCGACGAUGGACCUGGAAUCUAUACCAGCUGCAGCAAAAGUGGCAAACCCAGCCUGUCCUCACGGCUACAGAGUGGCAUGAACCUGCAGAUCUGCUUCGUUAAUGACAGUGGAAGUGACAAAGACAGCGAUGCAGAUGACAGCAAGACAGAGACCAGUCUGGACACACCACUGUCCCCGAUGAGCAAGCAGAGUUCAUCGUACUCAGACCGGGACACCACAGAAGAUGACUCUGAGUCUCUGGAGGAUAUGGACUUCCUGAGUAGACAAAAGAAGCUGCAGGCCGAGGCCAAACUGGCACUGGCAAUGGCCAAACCCAUGGCCAAGAUGCAGGUGGAGGUGGAGAAACAGAACCGCAAGAAGUCGCCAGUGGCAGACCUGCUUCCCCACAUGCCCCACAUCAGUGAGUGUCUGAUGAAAAGAAGCCUAAAGCCCACAGAUCUGCGAGACAUGACACUGGGUCAGCUGCAGGUCAUCGUCAAUGACCUCCACUCACAGAUUGAAAGUCUGAAUGAGGAGCUUGUGCAGCUGCUGCUGAUUAGAGAUGAGCUUCACAUGGAGCAGGACGCUAUGCUAGUGGACAUUGAAGACCUGACUAGGCAUGCUGAGAGCCAGCAAAAGCACAUGGCCGAGAAGACACUUUCAAAAUAAGCCCUGCUGUCAUCACCCAAAACCUUCCACCAUCAUGGCUUCAAUAAAGACAAGAGCCACUUUUUUUUUUGCUUCUAUGGAUGUACAAAUACAAAUGACGGAGCACUUCCUGACUGCAGAAAAACUCAAGUGUGUCUCAGAUACUGUUCCCGGCUUUCUGUGCAGUGAUCGGCCUUGCUUCUUAAUAGUCCUUAAUUUUUAUAUUUGCCAGCAAAUUAUAUCUGUCAAAUCACCAAAAAAAAAAAAGAAAAAAGAAAACAA